UCUUCAUAUAUCAUACACUGAAACACAAGUAAUUUAGUCUGAAAAAAAACAAGAUGAAGAAUUUGAGUAUGAUUCUAAUGUUGCUAGUUCUAUUGCUCCUCACUAUGGAGCAAGUGCAUGGUUUUGACUGUGAACAAGCAAAGACAUCUAUACAUCCUUGUACGCCAUUCCUCGUCGGUGAUGAGAACGAGCCACCAGCUAGUUGUUGCAGUGGCCUUCAUGAUCUGAAAUCUUCAGCACCCACUGUUGAUGAACAACGUGCUGCAUGUGAAUGCUUAAAAGAUUUUGCUACUCACUAUCCUAUCAAACAUGACUUAGCUCUCUCACUUCCCAAACGUUGCGGUGUUUAUUUCAAUUUUCCCAUAAGCAAAGACAUGAAUUGCAAUGACAUUCAUUGAACAAAAUGGAGAAAAUAAUAAACUAAACAGGGUGGACAGUUGAUUGUUCUUAUAAAAUAAUACUUAUAAAAUAAUACAACCCUGUGUAAUAUGUUCUAUGAUGGUGUAAACUAUAAAAUUGAUGUUAAUAAAUAUAUGAUAUUUAUGUUCA